ACACGUGUAUGCUAGUCAGAUGUCGGAAAAGUUUUCAUCACAUACUCUUUACACCCAACCCACUCAUUAUUGACGCUGUUUCUGAACACAGCUUAUUAUUAACCUGUUUGUGUUUGUUAAUUAUUCAGAUGAAUGUGAGAGUAGAAUAUAAAAGAUAUGAUGAACUACACACUUAAAACCAAAUCUAUAACAUAGCCUACAGGAUUUAUUUAAGGACACACUGUAAAAUACCAAAGAAAGAAGACAUGAUCAGUAAGAGCAAAAUCAUUCUACAAAUCAUUGUGAUUGCGAGCGUCGCUCUCUCUAUCUUUCUCUACUACCAACUAUCUAUCAGAGGUUUUCUGGAUGAUUGGUGUUCCUGUAAAUGUGAGAUGGAUUCAGAGGCAAACCUGUGGCAGUCUGAACGAUACAAUCGCUCAACUCAUGUGUUUAUGAACAGCAAAAACGGCGUUUUGGAUUUUGAGACUUUCGACUGGUGGACGAGUCUUCAAGGCGCCUCAACCGUAGCCAACUUCACAAAUUUGGUGGAGGAUUUAUUUUCUCACUUUCCAGAUAAAGAUCACUACUCAGACAGCAGUUCCAGUCGCUGCAGAAGCUGUGCUGUCGUGGGCAACUCUGGCAACCUCAUUGGAUCCCAUUAUGGUGCACUCAUCGAUUCAAAUGACUUCAUUAUAAGAAUGAAUCAAGGCCCAACAGCAGGGUUUGAGCGAGACGUCGGAUCUAUUACUACUCACCGUCUUAUCUACCCCGAGAGUGCCGUGGACAUGGAUAACAACACUCAUCUCGUAAUGGUGCCCUUUAAGAUUCUGGACCUGCAGUGGCUCAUCAGCAUCUUUACCACCAAACAUAUCGAUCAGACAUAUAUGUAUGUGAAACCCUCAUUAAAAGCAGACAAAAACAAGGUCUUAAUUCUUCAUCCUGCUUUCAUCAAGUACAUCUAUGAGAGCUGGUUGCAGAGACAAGGCAGAUAUCCAUCAACUGGUUUCAUUUCAGUUGUAUUCGCCCUGCACAUCUGUGAUGAGGUGAAUGUUUUUGGAUUUGGAGCUACACGUGAUAACGCUUGGCAUCAUUAUUUUGAUAACUUUGCCAUCAACUUUAAUGGCGGCCCUCACCCUGGAGAAUAUGAGAGAAACAUCAUCACUGAACUCCAUCAAAAAAAAAUAAUCAUGAUGUAUAAAGGAUGGUGAUUUCAAUUUUUAUCCUGAUUGCAAAAUCCUAAAGAACACACAUGAAAACAAGAUUAUUUAGUUUAGAGGCUCUGAAUGUAAAUUUACAUAAAGUAUUUCAGUAAAUAUGUCUCUCUAUACAUAAAACAUGUUUUCAUUAAUAACCCAGUUAAAAGAAAUGUUCUGUUUACAUUACUACUAUGAGUAUUUUGUGAGAUUGUGUGACAUUAUGUGUUUUUAAUUUCAU